AUGCAUGAAUUCUCCCGAAUUGGAGUCAAAUGGAACUACUGUGAUUCACCUCCUGAAGAACCGUCAAUGGCAAAGAUCACGCCGAACCUCUUCUGCAACAGUGGUGGCAAUCUGCUUGAGAACCUAGUCGAAAGAGUUAUAGUAGAUGAAGGGCUGUGCAAAGCUGACGUUUGGCGACAGGGCAGCGGCGAAUGCUCUGGACUGCACGGAAAAAUUGCUUCCGGAUCAUCACCUGAAAGCUCGGGUUCGGGACCGUCGUACUACCAGAUCAACUGGUUGGAAAACGUCGGAAGGUGA